AGGAGAAGGAGGGGGGGGGGGCGCUCUGUACAGAUAUCUCCAUCUAAGCCCUGCGCUAUAAUUGAAAUGGCGCAUUUGGCUGCAGGCAGGUUGUGAGGGCGCUUUCUGCAGCAGCAUGCAUGCAUGUCCAUAGACGUCAUUUGAUUUGAAUGGCCUGCAGGAAAUUUGGCGUUGCAACUCCAGACAUUAAGGCAAAAGGAUAGAGGGAGAGGAGAGGAGACGACGGGGAAAAAUCCCCACGUCAAAGAUCAUGGAUAUUUUUUAAAAAACAUAUAUAUUUAUCUAUUUUUCCUUUGACUGAGACUUUAUCAACAAGUUAUUGCGCCUUUUUGUGAUCGAGGACUAAACUUCCAAUUCAGGCUGGAGAUGCAUUCCUUCUAGUCGGACUGCCUUGGAAUUAUUGUAUGAGACGAAAUGUCAAUGAUUAAAAUCUACAUCUAAAUCUGAUGGCUGUCAGGCUCCCUCCCCCUCUUCAAAUCCUAACUUCAGAAUAAGCGGUCUACUUUUGCCCUAAAAACCCGGAUAAGUUAUUGUAUCUGUGUAGCCAUAAUUUCUGGAAUAGGGGAGUAUCACGUUCUCUUCCUUGAGAAAAUUGCCAGGGCGAGAGAGUGGAGUUGAGCUAAUUGUAGCCUAAUCCCUGGCCCAGAGGCGCCUGGGCAGCCCGGAGCAAGAAUUUUCUUUUUUAGCUCCGCUCUGUUAUUUAGAGAAGGAUUAUUGGCUUUCUUCCUCUCAUAACAAACCACAGGGGCAGUUUCAUUUAGGCAAAAAAGACAGACAAGAGGCAGAAAAACGAAGCAGGACUCCGGCAAGAGCGCACAUUUUACGCGUAUCCAAAUAAGAGCAGAGAAGGGGAAGGAGAUCAUCUCAUCUAUGUUCAAGGAGGGAAGAAGCAUGUCACGGCUGUCUCUGACCCGGUCCCCGGUCUCUCCUCUGGCCGCCCAGGGGAUCCCUCUGCCGGCUCAGCUGACCAAAGCGAACGCCCCCGUGCACAUCGACGUCGGGGGGCACAUGUACACCAGCAGCCUGGCGACCCUCACCAAGUAUCCGGACUCCAGAAUCAGUCGUCUGUUCAACGGGACCGAGCCCAUCGUGUUGGACAGCUUGAAGCAGCACUACUUCAUAGACCGGGACGGAGAGAUAUUCCGCUAUAUUCUCAGCUUCCUGAGGACCAGCAAGUUGCUGCUUCCAGAUGACUUCAAGGACUUCCACCUGCUGUACGAGGAGGCGCGCUACUACCAGCUGACGCCGAUGAUCAAGGAGCUGGAGCGCUGGAAGCAGGAGCGGGAGCAGCGGCGGAUGGCGCAGCCCUGCGACUGCCUGGUGGUGCGAGUCACACCCGACCUCGGCGAGAGGAUCGCCCUGAGCGGCGAGAAGGUCCUGAUAGAGGAGAUCUUCCCCGAGACUGGAGAUGUUAUGUGUAACUCCGUCAACGCCGGAUGGAACCAGGACCCAACGCACGUCAUCCGCUUCCCCCUCAAUGGCUACUGCAGGCUCAACUCCGUGCAGGUUCUGGAGCGCCUUUUCCAGAAGGGAUUCAGCGUGGCGGCGUCGUGCGGCGGUGGCGUGGACUCGUCUCAGUUCAGCGAGUACGUGUUGUGUCGCGAGGACCGGCGUAGUCUCUCCAUCAACACGCCCAUCAGGAUAAAACAGGAACCUCUGGACUAGAGCAUUUUAGGGAGAAGGACUGGCGACAUCUCCACCUCCGAGCUCCACUCCCUCCAUCACCUCCUGGACCCCACCCCCUAUGUUUACCUAAAUGUUAGCAGAGGCUUGUUGACCUCUGCAGAACUCUGAGGGGAAUGUAGAACCAAACAAAAGAUUUAAGAAAAAAGCAUCAGCAGCUGAAGUUUUAGCCCAAAGAAUCUGGGAUUGAGAUUAAAAAAUGGACGCCUGAUUUUUUUUCUUUUUUUUUUUUUUGAUGCAAUGACUCCCUACGUGAAUUUCCAUUCCAGCCCUUCACCUCUUCCCCCUCCAUCAACCGUGUUUCUGUGCAGGCGACCACGUUGCUCCUACAAAAACAGUUUUUUUCUUAAGGACGACUAAAAAGGACAACUUCGCCACACUCACGUUGCCAAACUGAUUGUUCAUUUCAUUGUUGUUCUUUUUUUAUCAUGUGUAAACAAAAAUUAUUAAUAGGAUUAUUUUGAAUGCCUCUUUUUUUUAGUUUUUUUUCCCUUUCUCCAAAAUGAAGGAUGUGUGACUUUGUGUUCAUUAGGCUUUGAGAGCUCGAGGCGGAGCGCUUCUUGGCAUAAGCUGGAGAAACUCAGAUGUCUGCAGGCGAUGUGGCUAAAGCCGUCUGACUGGCAGCGCGUUUGGAGCCAGAAAAAAACUCCUUAUUGUUCCCACGGGAAUGGAAGAAAACCUGGAUACUUCCACAUUGUUUAGAAUCAAAUGUGUUUAAAAAAAAGAAAGAAAAAA